UGGAUUUAGCUGGUCUGCUGAAGCCAUAAAGCAGCCCAGCACAACCUUCACGUUCCUUGCUUUCUGCCGGUCAGGACUCAGGACAGACUGCUACCUCCUGGCGGGGAGUAAUGAAACCAUGUGUGCAUGCGAGGGCAAGAAGCGAUCCUGGCAAUCGACGAUCGCCUUGGUGAUUUUAGACAGCAUGCUGGAACUGUAAUCCAGAAUUUAUUGUGUGUGUCUGGGAUCUGACUACACCAAGAUGUUUGCUUUGGAGUGCAUGCAUGACAGUGAUUAUUGCACUGUGUGCCCUGAGAGCUGCAUGCAGCCUGGUACCGACAGGGUUAAUGUGAAAGAGCAGAGAUCAGGGACCCCUCCAGCCUCUGUGGCCCCUGUGCUUCUUCUAACUGGGGACAAAGACACCUGCAGUCAUAACAGGAAUGCUGUGGAUCCUUUAUUUGCUCCUCUAUCUGUUAAAGCCUACUGUUGGUCCAUUGACUGCAGCCAGCUGCCCUACAUUGGUGAGAUUCACAGUAAUAAAAAUGAGAAGAAAGAAAAGAAAAUGGUUAUGAAAAGACCUUUGGGGACUGUUCAGUACACUGCCACUGCCACGGAUACCUUAAACAGUAUAGCGUUAAAGUUCAACAUAAGGCCUAACAAACUUGUGGAACUAAAUAAGCUGUUCACCCACACUAUCGUGCCAGGACAGGUUCUGUAUGUACCAGAUGGGGAACUUCAUUCUGCAGCUAACGGUCUGAAAGUAAUGCACGGAGUUGUUGGGUCUCCAUUGUCCUCAGAUGCAGAGUACGAUAAACUUCCUGAUGCAGACUUGGUGAGAAAAGCCGCAAAACCAAUUGAAAGGGUCCUAUCAUCUACAUCUGAAGAAGAGGAGCCCAUUGUUGUAAAGUUCUUAAAAAUGAAUUGUAGGUACAUCACUGAUGGUAAGGGUGUCGUGGGUGGAGUCAUGAUCGUUACUCCCAACAAUGUGAUGUUUGAUCCUCACAAAUCUGAUCCCCUGGUCAUUGAGAACGGAUGUGAGGAAUAUGGUCUCAUAUGUCCCAUGGAAGAAGUGGUGUCAAUUGCUCUUUACAAUGACAUCUCUCACAUGAAGCUGAAAGAUGCUCUUCCAUCUGAUAUACCCAAGGAUCUUUGUCCUCUGUACAGGCCUGGUGAAUGGGAGGACCUUUCAUCUGAAAAGGACAUCAACCCAUUCAGCAAGUUCAAGUCUCUUAAUAAAGAAAAAAGACAAAAUGGGUUUACUGGAGUCGGAACUGUGGAUAAUAGAACAGUUAUAUCAUCGGUCGGUGAAGAUCACCAGCCAGUAGACAUAACCACUGAAUGUGAUGUGUCCACUGUACAUUCAAAGGAUAACAAAAAGCUGACAACACAGACUGAACAGACAUCUGAAAACCCAGUCUUUCAAACUAAGAAAGUAGAUGAAUCUGUUGAGGAUGAUUUCAUCGAAGUGGUUAAACCUUUAGUAGAGCAGGAUGUAAAGGCAAUCAAUGAUCAUGAAGAAAUAAGUAGGCCAAGCCCUGCUGUUUCUGACAUAAUUGUAGAGGUGAUUGGCCAAAAAGAACAGGUUUCUGACCCCAUACAAAGAAUAAACGGUAUUACAAAUGACACAAGUUCCUCCUUAAAAAAUAAUCAUUCCCCAAAUGAAACCAAACAUAUAGAACUUGGUUCAGUUGACAAAGAUUCACUGGUUUCUCGAGACACUUCAAAAUCGGAUGUUACUGAAAAAGAUUCAACAGAAGAUGAAGAAUCUGGAAAGAAGAUUAAAGAAGCCAGUGCAAUUAUUGACAAAAAUGAGAAGGACAUUGUUUCCAAAGCCGACUAUUUGGCUUCCAAUGAGUCUCCAGAUUCUUUGUCCCCUUGCUCUCCAGAAGACAGAAGCCAAAAAGACACACAAAUAGACAGCGAGUCUGAAUUAAAACUCUGGUUGCUAAAGAGAAUGCAUGGCCCUAUAGAAGGUAAGCACUUUUUCCUCAACUUAAAAGGCACAGUUAUGGCCAUUUUUAUGGCAUUGGCACUUUUGUUUGCAUGCUCUGAGGAGAAAAGCAAGACCCCCCCUAUGUUUCUGUGCAUCAAAGUGGGCAAACCCAUGAGAAAGUCUUUUGCCACACAAAGUACAGCAAUGGUGCAGCAGUAUGCCCAGAAGCGAAAACAGCCUGAGUAUUGGUUUGCUGUCCCGCAAGAGCGGGUGGAUCAUCUGUACACAUUUUUUGUCCAAUGGUCACCAGAAGUCUAUGGGAAAGAUGCAAAGGAGCAAGGCUUUGUGGUGGUGGAGAAAGAUGAGUUAGAUAUGAUUGACAAUUUCUUCAGUGAUCCUUCUACUAAAAGCUGGGAGAUUAGUCUGCGCUGUUACGUGCACUCCUUUGUCUUCUGUCCCUAUGUAGCCCCUGCUUUGCCUCUCCAUCACUUUACUUUAUCUAAGAUACAUAAUUGUACAUAA